GUCAAGUAUGACUAUCUUAAGCCUGCUGAUGUUAAACGCAUCAGAAUUUCUGAUGGUGCCAUUCGCGAAGCUCCAUACUUUGGUCUUUGUGCAGAGGAGCGCAUUCUUCGCCGAGGAAAUAAAGCGCGCCUGGACAUAUCUAGCUGCUCUUUGGCUUCUAGGACCCCUCUUCAGUCAAAUCCGCCUGACGUUCCGCCAAAUAUUUUAUCCACCUCUGCUCUGACCACAGCACAAGCUCCAAAUCCAAAUCUUGAUGUCGACUCGGUACUCCAGUUCGACGAUGAGGUGGAAACACGGUCAGUUAAAGGUGCUACCACCGUGGCACAGAAAUCACAUCGUCGUAAAAGCAACCGAGAUAAUGAGAUUUCAAUUUCUGCCGCCCCUUUAGGAAUACAAACAGCUGCUGAAACUGGUUUCGAUGACAAUAUUAGGGUUGCCAAAAAACAUUUGAUAAAAUCAAAAGGACUUGUUAAAAAUUCGUCUGUUUCUCGGCCGUCUGUCUCACCAAAAAGAGAUUCCUGUUCUUUCUCACCUUCGUUGUCCUCUGUCCCUUCUUCCAGAUCGUCCCCCUCCCCUUCUGCUUCCACCUCUCCUACUCUCUCGCCUUCAAGAAUUGGCGAUCUGCAAAAACGAAGUGGGCCAUCUGAUAAUGAGCGUGCUUUUUCAGUUAUUUCAGUCCCCGACAAGAACAUACAUCGACUACAUCAGAAUGGGUCCGAAUGCAGGUUCACGGCUCCAACGAUCCUCGAUAUCUAG